UGGAUCGAUCGAUUGAUUGAUUGAUUGAUUAAUCGGGCAAAAAAAAAAAAAAGAAGCAGAGGCCAUUAUCGAUUCGGUGAGGAUGGGGAGGAGAACGAGGAGUAGGGGGACAGGGAUUGGCGGGACGAGGAGGAAGAAGAAGAAGGGAGGGUGGAGGAGGCCGUGGCGAUGGAGAAGGACGAGGAGGAGGACGAAGAGGACGACGACGUCGAAGGAGGAGGAGGAGGGGAAGGUGGAGGAGGAGGAAGAAGAGGUGGAGGAGGAGGCCACGGCAAUGGAGGUGGAGAAGGGAGAGAACUUAGAGGACGACGAAGAAGAAGAGGAGGAGGAGGAGGAGGAGGAGGAGGAGGAGUGGGAAGAGGAGGAGGAAGAAGAGGAGGAAGAAGAGGAGUAGGAGGAGGUGGAGGAGUAAGAGACCAGGGCGACGGAGGAGGAGGAAGAAGAAGAAGAGGAGGCCACUUUCUUCAUCGCCGCGGCCUCCUCCUCAUCAGUCUCCUCCAUUUUUUUUUUUUUUUUUUUUUUUUAYCCGAWCAAUCAAUGAAUCAAACMCCCAACC